AUGUACUUAAAAACACUUUUCUUUUCCAAAUUUUACGGUUUCCUCAAUAAUUCUUUCGGAAAACCUAACCAGGGUUUCCUGAAAUUCCGGACAGUUUCAAAUGCCUUCGAUUUUUUUUUAGAACAUUUUGCGGACGGUACUGAAGAACGUCUGUAUCGGACACUGUUGUCAGAAGAACGUUACGAGAAGGACGUACGACCUACGGGUCAUCAUUCACAGCCUACGAAUGUUACCUUUGGAUUUCUACUGAAUCAGAUAGUAGAAAUGGACGAACGGAAUCAAGUGUUGACGACAAGGAGUUGGCUGAACAUCAACUGGAUGGACAAGCGCUUGACAUGGAAUUAUACUGAAUGGGGAGGCAUCAAAACAAUCUACAUUCCCUAUCGACGGCUAUGGAAGCCUGAUAUAAUUCUGGUGAACAAUGCCAUUCGGGAAUACCACGCUUCGCUGGUUUCAACGGAUAUCAUGGUGACGUCUAAUGGCAACGUCACGUGGCUGUUUUCAGCUCUUUUCCGUAGCUCCUGCCCAAUUCGUGUUCGCUACUAUCCAUUCGAUGAUCAAGAAUGCGACUUAAAAUUCGCCUCGUGGUCCCAUGAUGCUUCAGAGAUCGAUCUCGGACUCAACACAGACAAAGGCGACUUGAGCAGCUAUAUGAACAACAGCGAAUUCGAUCUUUUGGACAUGAUUGCUAUUAAGGAGGUUGUGAGCUUCCCAUCUAAUCCAUUGUCAAAAUGGCCAACAAUUGUUGUACGGAUAAAAAUGCAUCGCCGACCACUCUUCUACAUUUUUAAUCAUAUAAUUCCAUGUGUUCUUAUCUCAUCCAUGGCCGUUCUGGGAUUCCUGAUGCCACCGGAAACUGGCGAAAAAAUCAAUAUGAUAAUCACAACAUUACUCAGUAUGGGUGUAUAUCUGCAAUCAAUUACGGAAUCAAUUCCUCCUACAUCAGAAGCUGUGCCACUAAUUGGGAUGUACUACGUAUCGUCUUUGUUUAUGGUCUGCUUAGCUACUUGUGUAAAUGUAAUUACUCUGAAUAUGCACCGAAAUGGAGCCGCUAAUCAGGGCAGGCAUGUACCAUGUUGGAUGGAGAAAUGGGUGCUUGGCUAUUUGGCUUCGCUAAUGCGAAUGUCUAUACGUGAACCGGAUAGUAUAUCAUUGUUGAAAAUAGCACAGAGCAAAAAGUCGACGAUACGGCGGAGUUCGAUUAUGCGAGAUUUGAAACGAAUCAAAAAUCAUGACCACAAACGAGGAGGACUGCAGCAGUCAACCGAAUGCGACUGCAUCACCCAAGACAAUCAUCUGAGUUACGCGGAAGUAAUUCCGCAACUCAGCAGUAAUGGUACCAACGGUGGUGCACAUUCGUACAAGCAGUUUCAAUCAGAAAGCGCUUUUCUUGGGAGGAUCGUUGGAGAACAGAUUCUUCCACGUAUCAGUGUAACCCGAUCGGUGAUGCUGUCAGAAUUCGACCAUCGCUUCAGACGGAUAUUGAAACGAAUUUACAGAAGUCUACAACAACAUGAAAUACGGGAAGAGAUAAUCGAUGAACGCCAGCGAAUCCAAUGGCAAUGGCAGCAAUUGGCUUCGGUCGUCGAUAGGCUUUUACUUGUAUUAUUUUCAUUAGCGACUUUAUUUACAAUAUUUUUCUUUUUAUUGUUGCCUGUUGGAUUACGAGACGAAGAUGAACAUUUGAGAACUUAUAAUUGA